AUGUUGGGCAAUCUUCGUUCUGCAGUGACGCGGUCCCGUUCCCCUCGCGAGCAGCCACCAACAGAUUCUAAAGAUGCCACGACGACAGGCGUUGGGCAACUUGGCGAAGUCGAGACUGUCAUCUCUCAGGGAAAACGACAAAUUGGCGUGACGUCGGCAUUCUUUCUGGUCUUCAACCGAAUGGUCGGGACAGGUAUCUUUGCUACUCCCAGCACUAUAUUCUCCUUGUCCGGCAGCGUCGGACUCAGUCUUUUCAUCUGGGUCGCCGGCAUGGUGAUUGCCGGUGCGGGCAUGGCAGUAUAUCUGGAGUUUGGAACUGGUCUACCCCGGAACGGUGGUGAAAAGAACUACCUGGAAUACGUCUAUCGUAAGCCAAAGUAUCUGGCCACGGGCAUGUACACUGGCUACGUGAUUCUUCUUGGCUGGGCGGGCUCCAACUCGGUCAUCUUCGGCGAAUAUAUCCUCAACGCAGCCAAAGUCGAAGUCAACAGGUGGAAUCAGAGAGGUAUUGGGUUGGCGUGCAUCACGGCGGCUUUCCUAAUCCAUGGCUGUGCAUUGAAAUGGGGCUUGCGCCUGCAGAACCUUCUUGGUUUCAUCAAGCUCAUCAUUGUGCUUCUGAUUGUGGUCUCUGGCUGGGCUGCUCUAGGCGGUGCACUCAAGAUUGACAAACCGCACAAUUUCGACAAUGCCUUUGCUGGGACAACGGGCAGCGCCUACGGCGUUGUGACAGCUCUUUACAACGUUAUCUGGAGUUACAUCGGCUACAGCAACGCUAACUACGCGCUUAGCGAGACGCGAAACCCGGUCAGGACUAUCAAAGUUGCUGCACCGACAGCGUUGAUUGCGGUCGCUGUUCUUUACAUGCUGGUCAAUAUCGCAUAUUUUGCCGCAGUGCCCAAAGACGAGAUCGUGUCAUCGGGCCGCAUUCUGGCCGCUUCAUUCUUCCGCAACGUCUUUGGCAACAGUGCCGAGCGAGCCUUGUCCGUCUUCGUGGCUCUGUCUGCAUUCGGCAACGUUCUGAGCGUUAUAUUCUCUCAAGGUCGACUGGUCCAAGAAUUGGGCCGUGAAGGCAUCCUCCCAUUCUCGCGGUUCUGGGCAAGCAACAAACCGUUCAACGCCCCCCUCGCUGGUCUUUUCGAACACUGGCUCGUGUCCGUCAUCAUCAUGCUGGCCCCUCCUCCCGGCGACGCAUACAAUUUCAUCCUGAAUGUCAUCUCAUACCCCCUAUCGAUCGUGAACGCCUUCGUCGCCGCAGGCCUACUGUUUCUCUACAUCAAGCCCAACAAAUUCGGCUGGUCGCCCCCUUUCCGCGCCACGUGGCCCGUAGUCGUGUUGUUCUUGCUCAGCAACAUCUACCUUGCCGCUGCACCCUUCGUGCCCCCGGAACACGGCCAGAACGUCUACAACGAUCUUCCUUACUAUCUCCACUGUGUGGUUGGGAUUGGCAUCAUUGCCGCCGGCGGUCUCUACUGGCUCGUGUGGGCGGUAAUUUUGCCCAGGAUCGGAAGAUAUGAGUUGGUGCGCGAAACCAGGGUCAGCGAAUUGGACGGCUGGGAGAGAAGCGUCUUUUCGCGGAGGAAGCUUGCGGACGUUGAUGCGGCCGAGAAGAAUCGGCGGAGAGUGACUUUGGUCCAGGCUUGA